CAAACACUCAGAGAACAGAGGACUUCAUCAAGAAUCAUCUAUAUUCACUCCACUCUACAUCAACAUGAAGAGAGCUCUUAUACUCUUUCUGUUCCCCUUGUUUGCAAUCAGACGCACCUGUCCUUGAUCCACACAUUUCCCAAGAUAUGUCACAACAGCUUUACCGAACUCACAUUCAGCAAGAUUCAAGGUGUUUUUGUUGAGUCAGUGUCACUGAUGAAGGGAGAUUCUGUAACUGAUGUCACUGAAAUACUGCGAGAUGAAGAGAUUGAGUGGAGGUUUAAUGACACUCGCAUAGCUCGAGUGAUUGAGAACAAUGUCACGUAUGAUAAUGUGCAGUUCAAGGACAGACUGCAGCUGGACAAUCAGACUGGAGAUCUCAAGAUCAAAAACAUCAGCACCACAGACUCUGGACUUUAUAAGUUUGUGAUCUCCAGCCCCAGAAGGACCUCAGAGAAGACAUUCAGUGUCAUAUGUUUGAGAGAUUCAGGAGUGAAGUCACUGUCAGUGCUGGAGGGAGAUUCAGUCACUCUGCUCUCUGGUGUUCCUGAGAUACAGAGAGAUGAUGUGAUAGGAUGGAGAUUUGAACAGCAGGAAUCUCCUUUAGCUGAAAUCAAUAGAACAGCUGAAAUCUUCAACACAUAUGACAAUGUUCUUGAUGGGAGAUUCAGAGACCGACUGAAGCUGGAUCAUCAGACUGGAUCUCUGACCAUCACAAACACUAGAACCACAGACUCUGGACUUUAUCAACUAGAGAUCAGCAGCAGCAAACACACCAUACACAAGACCUUCACUGUGACUGUCAGUGGUGAAAUAAAGACAGUACUAGUUAUAGAGGGAGUUUCUGUCACUCUACACACUGACACUGAGAAAGUGGAUGAAGAAAGAGUGUUUGGAGACAUAGCUAACAUCUCUGAAGGACGUUUUUCUGCAUAUGGUGGUCCUGAUGGAAAAUUUAGAGACAUACUGAAUAAUGUCACAGCUAGGCCGAUCACAAAUGAUACAGGUCUGUCUCGCAACUGGAUAAUAGGAAUAUGUGCUGCUGUUGUUAUUAUUUUAGUGGUGCUUGCAGCUAUUUCUAUGAUUUGUGGUUGGUGCAAACUGUUGCUGUGCUGGUGGUAAGACAACAAAAAGCAGGGCUACAGACUAGCAUUUGAGAGCAGUGGCACCAGUGCCAUUAAGGUCUACCGAUGGGGUGUCAUUACUAAUGUUUUGCAUUGAUGUGUGCCAUUACUAGUAAUGUGUAUUUCUUGGUAAUGCAACAUUUGUCAGUAAAGCAUU